GAGAGUGUGUUGAAAACGAUCGCACAUCGUUGCGGACAGAGUGUUCGGUUGCAGUUUGGAACAUUUGUUUCAGUACGAAAGGCAAAGGAAAAGCUGUACGGUCCACACAUCAUCAUUUCGUUAUCUGACACACACACACGCGCGCACACGAACCUCAAGGGGGUUCAGGGCACAAGAUUUCCCCUGUCAUGGCGGCGUAUUCGUGAAACCAGAACAGAUUUUCUUUUCAACUUUUGACACCGAAACCAGCCGUCUACGGUCGUUCGGUGCGUGCGAACGUGUUAAGUACUUGCUUACUACGUGUUAGAUAAUUUAGUGACUGAGCGGAUGUGCUGAAAAGUGGUGUGGAAAUACAUAGUCUGUAGGUGAACAACAACACGCGGGACUUAUUAUUACACAAUCGACCGAAACAGUGAAGCCAUCGAGUCGUCGUGGCCGUGCUAUUCGAAGCCGAGGAAAGGGCGCAAGUUAGUGCACGCGUAGUGUUAAAAACAGAUCACAGAUCCAAACCUGCACGUGUAUUUGUGUGUGUGUGUGUGCGGAUAGUGUAGUGACUAUCGAAAGUAAAGUAGUAACCCCGCAACUUGUAACGCAACAACAGCAUUCGCGCGCCCGUUUUGCUUUUGAGUAAAGCAAAGCAAAGUAGGCAAGGCGGUUAAAGGAGUGAGCUAGGGAGUGGAAGAAAAAAGGUCAUCUUACACACGUUGCUAACCGAGCAGUCAUGUACAUCAACAAUACGGAGGCGCUAAAGAUAUGGCUGACAGCGGUUCUGGAACCGCUGUGCGAUGCGGACCCGGCCGCCCUGGCCCGGUACGUGCUCGCCCUACUGAAGAAGGACAAACCAGAGAAGGAUCUGAUCGUAUCGAUGAAGGAGCAGCUGGACGUAUUCUUGUCCGAGCAAACGAUGCCCUUUCUCGAGCGGUUGUUCAAGAUGAUCAAGAGCGAGGAGUACCUGAAGUGUGCCCCAGCCGCUCCGGCUGCCGGUUCGGUUGUUAGCAAUGGUGCAUCAGCGACGGCCGCCGUAGCUUCCUCCACCACUAGUGGCAGUGCCAGCACCCAGCAGGGGACGGUCUCAGCGACACCCGUCGCUACGCCGCACGCUUCCACCAACCAUCAACACGCCGAAGAGGUGACCAGCAGUUCUCGGAUGCGGAUAAAGCGAGAAUUUACGCCACCGUUGCAAGAGUCUGCAACACGGUCCAGUAAAGAUACGCUGCCCAGUUCCGCCACCUCGAACUACACCUCCGGAUCAUCCUCAUCAGCGGGAGGAGGAGUGUCGACGCUGGCUAGUGCUACCACGGUGAGCGGCGGAACAUCCACGUCGGAACGAUCCACAUCUCACCAUCAUCAUCACAGCGAACAGCGCUCAGAAAAGGGCCGUGCCAGCGAAAUGACAUCCUCCAGCGUUGCCCAUAAUUCCUCGCCGUCCGUCAGCAGCAGUAGUGGUGGUGGAGGGACAGCAGUAGGAUCGGGUGGUGGUGUCACCAACCAAAAGUCCACCUCCACCCACCACCAGCAGCAUUCGCCAAUCAAAGGUUCCAGCAAGGAUGAUCAUAGCAAUAGCAGCAGCAGUACCCGCCGUAGCCGCCGUAUGCAGAAUCGAUCACGCAGCCGGUCCCGAUCUCGUUCGCGAUCGUUUGAACGUACGCGCGAUACGCGCCGAUCGCGCUCACGCGAGCUACAGCAACGUACGCGCGGUGGAGGCGCUAGUGGUAACGGUGGCAGUGGGAAUGAUUCCAAAUCGGGCGGACGCUCGUAUCGCAACAAGUCACCGUUACGUAGCAACGAUUCGUUCCGACGCUACGAGCGAAAGGUGUACGAUCGGCGCAACAGCGGUCCGAAUGCAUCCGGUGGAAGUAAUAGCGGAAUGACGGGAUCGUCGGGCACGAACGUACUAAGUUCCGGUGGCAGCAGUGGUAAUGGCGUCGCGAGUAAUCGCUCGCAACGAAUCCGUUCGCAUUCACGCAGCCGUUCACCGUCCCCGAAUUCAGAUCGGAGGAAGAUUGCCCGGUCGAUGACGCCGGUUCGGCAGGCAGCAGCACGUGCAGCGGCAGCAACCGUUGCGCCGGUGUCCAGUGAUACAGCAGCAGCCGUUACAGCAGGCGCGGUAGAUGCGGCGGUUAUCAAUCCGGUCACUGCCAUGGUUCAGCCAGUUGCGGGCGGUGUUCCAGUCAUUCCUGUCGGAGGUGGAACGGUGGUGCCUACGAUGGUGCCGGUACCAUCCGCAACGGUCGUUGGUCUUGAUCGCGUAAAAAAUGCGACGGCGGGCGAGGGAGGUGCUGUAUCGACCGCACCGCUCAGUGGAGGUACUUCGAAGAGACAGCGUUGCCGAGAUUUCGACGAAAAGGGUUACUGUAUGCGUGGUGAAACUUGUCCCUGGGAUCAUGGAACAGACCCGGUCGUGCUUGACGGUCUUAGCGAUCCUGCCAUGAUCGCACAAAUGCGCGGCACGAUUGUGCCCGAGUAUAGCCCUGAUGCGCCCGAACUGUGGAACAAACCGCCGAACAUACCGGGCGGUGUUCCUAUCGGUGGUGUUCCUGCAAUUCGCCCCGGACCGGCACAACGUCUCGGCGGUGGUAUUGGCGGAUUUGGACCACGCGGUGGACCCGUCGGUAUGGGACUAACGUUCCGUGGUGUGGCUCCCGUGUUCCCAAUGCAGGGCUUUCCAGGCAAUCCGAUCGGUGCGACACCUUUGCAGCGCGAACUGAUCUCCGUGCCGGUGGUGGAUGCUAAUAAGGGAGGCGAUGUGUCCGCCGAUCAUCGGAACAGUCGUUUCGAGCCUGAAGAUGCGGUCGCAGUCGCUGACGGACCGAUGCUGAUGGGUGGUGGUGGUAAGCGCAAAAUGACCAUGAACAAUCGGCACGGACCGCGCGUGCUGGGUGGUGGUCAUAGUGGUGUGGGUGGCCCCGGAGGUCCCGGCUCGAUGCUGAUGAACCCGCAGCACAACUGUUCGCUAGAGCUGCGCAAAAUCCCGCGCGGAUUGAACGAAAUUUCGCAUUUGAACGAUCACUUUUCGAAGUUUGGCAAGAUCACCAACAUUCAGAUACGGUACGAUAACGAUCCAGAGGCGGCUAUUGUAACGUUUACGUCGCACGCGGAGGCGAACGUAGCGUACCGAAGCACCGAGGCGGUGCUGAACAAUCGCUUUAUCAAAGUGUUUUGGCAUAUACCGCCGGCUGGCGGUGAGCAGCCCGCCAUUACGGCGCCGGCCAAGACGGAGCAUUCACUGCGAAGAUCAUAUCCGAAUCAGUACAGCAUUAAUAACAACCUUAGCACGACCGGGUCAACCGGCACGACGCAAACGGGCCCAACCGUUGCAGGCGGUAAAACGAUGCAGGCGAAAGACGACGCGAACAAUGCCCCAGUGGUGGCGAACGGCAAUGAGAAUCUCGCACCGCAGCAGCAAAUCGUGGGUGGUGGUCUGAAAGGGCACGGUAAUAGUGCCACGAAGUACAUCAGCCCUGCUACGGGGGUGCCUCUGGCGGGUGGUGGAGGUGCCAACAAGAUUUCCCGUGCGCAGAAUGAAAUGUUACGCAAACGACAGGAACAGUUCAACAAGGGUAUUAACGAGCGCAAAGUCAUUCUAAUGGACGGAUACCUGAAAGAGCAACGGAAGCUGCUUGAGUUGAUCGUUACAUAUGAGGUGAGCGACCCGCGUCGGCCCCAGCUGAAGGAAUCGCUCGACGAGCUGCAGAUAAAAAUUAACAAUCUGCGCAAAGAGAUCCAGCAGGACCAGCAGCUGUUUAAGGCCAAUUCGGCAAGGGGGCCCACCCACGGUCCGAAACAUAAGACGAAAGCGCAGCAUGAACGCGAGCAGCUGGAUGCGGAGUUGGAGCAGAUUGCGCAGGAACAGCGUACGUUCCGCGCACCGGACGGUCCUCCAGCAGCGCCAGCACCGGGUCAAAAGCCAUACGGUGGUGGUUCGCGAAAAGGUGCUGGAUCGGUGGUGAGGGUAGCACCGCCCGGUUCGACCAGUGUCGAUCGAAGGCCGACGACCAUUCUGAUAACCGGUUUCGUCGAGGAGGAGGCAGAACCCUUGCUGGAACAUUUCAAGCAGUUCGGUGAGGUUACGAAACAUCAGCUGGACAAGAUGGAACCAUCGUUAACGAUUAGUUUCAGCACACGGCCGGUAGCGGAGAAGGCAUUGGCCCGUGGUAAGCAGUUUAACAAGAAGCUGCUAUCGAUAGUAUGGCAGACAACGGCGGCAGUCGCACCGACAACACCGACCGGAGCGUCGGCACCGAAUGCUGUGGCCGCAACGCCCGCCGACACUGGCAAGGAUGAGGGCAAUCAGCCGCUCGUUCAUUCUAGCAGUGGUGGUAGCGAUGGUGAUAAUGUAGAUGACGCUCUGACGUCCACAAAGCUCUUGGAUAUUGAUGAAUCGAGCGACGGCGCGGAUCGGAUGGUGCUAAUUGGGAGCGGUGGCGUGGGUACCGACAUCAACUCUUCGUCGAUGGAAACCCUAAACGAAACGGACGAGCUGAUCGAGAUGCCGCACAUGGUGGAGGAGGAGGAAGAUGAUGACGACAUGGAGGGUGAACGUUCCUGGCGUCGUUAGUAAGCGAAUGUAGGCGCAUGUCUUCUGAUUUAAAGUUUUCUCUUUUGGCGCAUAGCCUUCGCCAUUGCGGUCGCCGGAUCAGCGAAUGAGGACAGGCUGGGUUAGGAGUUUUGUUUGUUUAUUUUUUUAAAAUAGGAAUUAGCGGAAGGUGUGCAUGUGUGUGUAUGUGUGGUUGUGUGAAGCUUUUGUUUUCUAAAUGCUGAAAAUUCAUUACAUUUCAAUCAACCUCCGACACGUUCGUUUCGGUUCCGAUUGAUUGAGGCGUUCUCUUGUUAUUAUACUAUUUGACGGUAACUAUGCUUGUUAAUUCAAUGCCACGAAGCUGGUGAGGUUGGAAGAUUAGCUACUUUACGGUUUAAUAAUGUAUAUGCUUUAUAUGCAUAGACUAUAGAAGGAUUUGGAUUGAGGAGAACUAAAGUCUAUAGGAAGUUAGAUGAUUAUUUUAAUUAUUUUUUUGGUUUUUAUAAUGAAGAUUCGUUUCUACCCUUUUGCAUGGAAUAUGUGGUGUUUUAUGUUCGCUGCGGUUCUGAUCCGAGCCCGAGCCCAGGAACACUCAUUGUUGUUGAUCAUCUGCAUCAACUGCAGUGUUUCUUUGCCAUAGGAUAGAUUGUUCGUAGGUGCGUAGGUUUCCUGCACCUAGUCGAUUUGUUCUUUUUUUCACCAUUUUGCGAUGGAUUAAGUUCACAUUAUGCUCUUUUUUGUAAUGGUUCCGCCUAUCUAUUGCCAUUAGAUUUUGUCUUAAGUCAUUAACAUUUUGCGUUCGGAAUGCAGUAUGUAUGUAAAAGCAACCAAACGAAUCAAUGUUGCGAAAUGCUACCGAAGCUAAGCUGAGUACGGAGGAGCAAAGCACUGAUGAAACCAGAGCGGGAUAGUUUACCGAACACAGCAAUUCCUUGUCGGCAGCGAUAGAUAGAACUAGGUGUAUGUAAAAUAAAACCGUUUUGUAAUUUGUUCCGCAGAGACAACAAUAUGUAAUCUGUAAACAAAUUCAUUAUGAAUGUAAAGCAAUUGUAAGAUCAAUCGUCCCCGGUUAGCAGGUCUUUGUUUAAAUUACUGCUUUGAUAUAACGAAACUUGAAAAGGAUUGUGUUUUAUUAAGCACAGUUGUUUUCUGUUUAAGGCGGAAUUUAUGCGAAGAAUCGCUUAACACAAGAGCAAAACGGGCGCGAAUGGUCAUUGAUACGUAUACCACAACACGAUCUGUAGUAGCUCGUAAGUUGAAGCCAAACAAAAAAAAAACACCACUCUGGAUAUGAUUUGGCGGCAAUGAAAAUGAAAAAAGAAAACCAUGAACUGUGAAACGACAAAGUGAAAAAAACAAUCCACUGAAAAAAAAUCAAUGAUGAACCAAAAGAUAAUGAAAAAAGAGAAACAAAAAAAAAAACAAUCUAUCACAGCAACAUAAAACAAAAGAGCCACAGGCACAUGGUAAAUGGCAAAAAAUGCAUCAGAAAUAGAAAAGAAGUCGCAACAAAUGCAUAAUGCAACCCUGCACGAACUAAAAACAAGAAAAACAGCAAACACAUUAGCAUCUUUGAAUAUAAUAAUAAUAAUAAUAAAAAUAAAGUGAGUUUAAGUAAUGAUUUCAAAACAGAAAUUGCAAAGCGAACAACUCAAAUUUGCGA